AGAAUCAGACGUAAAAGCUAUGAAGUGAAUAUUAUUUCUCUUACUUUUUUAUAAUUAAAAUAAUUGAAUAAGUGAUUAAUAAAUAAAUAAUUGAAUUUCAUCUGAAUAAUCAAACUAAAAAUUUGUUUACUGUGUUAUAUGAAUAUGAUUUUUUUAUAUUUGAUAUUACAAAUAUGCCGCAUCAAUAACAAUUUCUUUUAUAUUCACAAAUAAUGGUAUCGUAUUGUAUUUUACAACAACAAACAAUAGAUAAUAAAGCAGUAUUUAAUCUUGUGUCCGGAAAUUAAUUAUAAUUUUUGAUUAGGAAGUAAUUAUGAAAUAUUCCUUUCUAAGUGAUUUAAUUUUUUAGCCAAUCGAAAUUAUAAUAUCGACAAUCGGCAUUAGUUUGAAAAUUCUAGUUUGACCAGUUAAAUUCCGACUAGGUGGCAGCCCUAAUCAUAGGUAAAAUCGGAGAAACAUGUUGAACAGCAAUAGCUGUUCACGUUGUUCAGGUUAUAGUGUCGCACAAAAGUAUAUAAUUAUUUUUUAUAAGAUAUAUUUUUUAAUGAUAAAAUUAUAUAUAACAUUUAUAAUCAUUUUAUUUUUUAUGAUUAUUACAUGUAAAGUGAAAUAUUGUAUUGAUAAUAUAAAUUUAAUUUUUAAAAUAUAUCAUGUAAUAAUGAAAAGAAUAUUAUUUAUAUUGUUCUUUUUGCUAACUCUCUAUCUAUAUAAUAUAAUAUAACGUAUGUAUCAUAUAAUACAAUAUAUUUUUUAAUUGUAAAAAAAAAAUUAAAUAAUAAUAAUUGAGAUUCUCUUAAAGUCUUGUGUUGUAAUAUAUUAUGUAUAAAAUUGAUAGCUGUACAUUAAUAAGUCAUAUAUUAAAUUCUUCAUCCUUCUAGAUAUUAUCUUUUCCAUUAUUAAUAUUAUAAUCUCAACAUGUUAUAUAAAAAAGUAAUAUUUGUAAUUAUUAGUCCGUUUAUCGUAAGACAUACGAUAAGUGUUAAAAUAUUUAUUAAUAAUAAUAAUAAUCAUUAUGAUAAUAUUUUUUGAUAAAUUAAAUAAUGAUAAUAAAUAAAGAUAUGAACAAGGAAAUAGUGUUCAAUAAAAAUAAAAAAAAUUAAAAAUAUGGAUUAAUAAUAAUAUAGGUUAUGUAGUACCAGUAUCAAUAAUACUGUCAUAGUCAUUCUCAUUAUUUGGUUGCUUCGGCUAAAUGAAUACGAUAUUUUACAUAAGGAAUAAUGGAAUGUCGACAUCCUUUUUAUUUUAUUUGUUAACAAUCUUAUUGUUUCUCAUUCUUGCUAACGAUUGAGUAAAUCAAAAAUAUGAUAAUACCAGCAUUUCCUAGAACAGUUAUUUAUUUCAGUUAAUAGACACAACGUACUUUCAAUAUACAUUUUCUAUCAAGACACUAUAAGUACCGUAAUAAGUACGUAAUGUACUUCUAUGUGACGCGACAAUAUAUGCAAACGCAUAUCGAACACACGUGCACACCAUGUUUCGGUAACGCAUGAGUGUCGCGCGGAAACAAGCUAAAUAUAAGUCACAAGGAAAAAGAAUAAUCUCCCGCUUAGAAACUCGCGUUACUUGACUAAACGGCCUACUGCUCCUGCUCGCAUUCGAUUUGGGGCAUUACACGGUGCAUAUUACGUAUUGCGUAUCUGAGUACGGCUGUUAGUGCAACUGUGUCCAUGGUGUAAAGCGCUUCGUCUCGUUCUUGUAUUAGCUAUCAUUAUAAACUCGUGUUAACCAAUCUCGAUUUAAUCGAUAUCCUUUUUCCGAUUUCUGCGUUGCCGAAAGUGUUGAUACCAUGAUUUUUUUCAAUAAUUACAAUGUGGAAUAUUUAAUUCUCAAUCGUGAAUUGCAAUUUAUAUAUUUUAUUUUGAAUGAAAUUAUAUAAAUCGUCAUCGGAAAUAUAAAUAAAUAUAAAUAAAAAAAUAAUGAUUCGCUUCCUGUAAACUAUCAUGAUUUAAUUUUCUGUUAUUUUUUAUUGAUCUUUCAAGUAUAUUAUUUAUGAACAAAGUCCAUUGAUAUUGAAAGUUCCAGCGUGAAUCCAGUCACGAACGAAACGUUGUCGUGCAAACAUCACAGGACGAUCUCUUCGGCUACAUUGUACGUGUAAUACAACUGCAACGGUGUUGGAUAAUUAACCUUGAAUUGAUCACACGUUUACAUUUGUAAUUUGAUUCGAUACUAAACUACGAUGAAUCAGUCCAAUAUCGAUUCUUUUUACAUCGUCGAUCAACAUGGAUUUGAUUGGUCAUAUCGUCGUUGAAUCGCUGUCUGUCCGUGUAUUCAAGAAUAUCGAUCGAUCAAAUUUUAAUUCUCGAAAUACAAUAGCUGAAUCAAAAGUAACUCAUGCCAGUAAUUUUGUUAAUUUUCCUACGUAUAAUUAAUAUUGUCACAGAUCACUAAAUUUAUUGCAUCAAAAAUGACACCAUCGAAUUGUUUGAAAUUGUUAAAUCAGUUUAAUAAUUCUUCAUUUUGACGCGCAAAACGAAAUACGAAUCAAUUGCACGGAAGUACAGAAUCUAGCAAAUUGUGUUGAAUGUACCGUGAAGGGUCGUGUGGAACUCAUGGUAUGCCAGUGUCGGGUGUGCCGCUCGAACUGACGUGACAUCGUGUUACUAUUCUCAUUGUCAGAGAGAAGCGAGCUAGAUGACCACUAGCGAAAACUAAUUCAACGAAGAAUAGUGACUAGAAAAAUAAUUGAUUCGCGAAGAUUUUGAAGUUGAGUUUGCAAAAUUGAAUAAUAAUCGAAAUAGAAUUAAUCGUACAGUUUUUGAAAAUUUACAUAAAGUAUCGAUGAAUUUUCAAAUAAAUUAAAACAAUAUCAAAAAUUGUAUGAAAUAAAAUUAAAAAUUUAUAUCGUGAUGUCUAUCGAUCAAAAUCGUUUUUCGAUCGAUAAAGUUCUUAUAAAAAAAUUAUUUAUGAAAUCGUUUGAUUCGUAUAUGGUUCGAACAGUAUAUUAUAUAUAAAUAAACGAAAGAAAAAAAACGAAUUAUUACAAUUAGAAAUAAUCAAAUAAUACCAAUGAAAACAAAGAUAACACGUAUAAAUAUUAGAUUAACUGGUUUUAUUAUGAUUUUAUGGUAUUGUUCUAUAAACGGUGCAAUCAUUACACUAUAUGAUUUUGUGAAAAGUUAUUAAAAAUACAUUACAUGAUUCGGAUGGUGCGAGAAAAAAAUGGAAGAAGCGAAACAUGCGUGGGCUACUUUGAAAUCGGUCAGAAAACUAUCAUUAUUGAAUAGUAAUAGCAAUAACAACGGAAACAGCAACAAGAGUAAUUCAACGGCAAUAUGGUAUGAUAUUCCAGCGCCAGUGAUAAUUCAUUGUUGUCACGAAUUUCCAGACAUAGCCAAAUCCGAUAAUGCCGAAUUGAUCGAGAAACGAACGAUCCUUGCGAUUGAGAACGAGCAGUCGACGACCGAUAUUCAGGGUAAUAACGGACUGGAGAAAUACGAGAAUGAGGAGACGAGAGAGAAGCGACACAAAAAUACUGUCGAAUUGACCGCAGUUUCCACUGUGAAAACCGACAAUGACGGAGUGCCAAAGAUAAGCUUCAGUUUUCUACACGCGAAUGAUAAUCCUCCAAGAUCUGUCCUCGAGAAAAGUACGGUUAUGACGACUGUGACCACGACCACGAGUACGAGCACGAUCGCGAACGAGAAUGGUAAAGAUGAAUCUACGCAAGAUGAAUUGUAUGACUUUCCUAGGAAUUCAUACGUCCUCGAUGAAAUCGAAAGCGAGAAAGUCGUAGAAAGCGAACACAACUGCGAGGAUGAGGGCGAGAUAGAAACGGACGGUAAUGAAAUUCGUAUCAGCCAAACGAAAUUCCACGUGGAAUCGAUUGAGGUUGGAAACGUAAUCAAUUCACCGAAAGAAACGUGCGAUGUGUCCCACGAAGAGAUCGAAUCGUCACUGGAGAAAGUGAACAAUUUGUACGUGAACGUAAGAAAUCCAAAUUCAUACGAUCGAAGAAAGGAAAAGAAAUACGUCAGAUCGGAAAGCGACGGAUGUGAUGCAAAAUUUGUAUCAAUCUCGGGAUCUUAUUCAGAUCCUGAAUAUUCGAACGAUACUUUCUCGAAUGUCACUCGACCAAACGGAUUAUAUCCAAAGAAACAUCGGCUGGGGAAAGCAUGGGAGAAAAUGCGAACUUGGCUACGCGACGAAACCUCUCGAAUCAACGAGAUUGUGAACAAACACGCGAAAUUGCAAGCUGUCGGUGCUCUUUCCGGUGGAGAAUCCAUUGCUCCUACGGUUUCCAAGUCUAAUAGCGCCUCUUACGACUUGCUCAAAGCGAAAACUCGGGAAUUGGGAUCGAUCACAAGAAUCGAGGAAUUCGGUUUGUCCUCUUUGUCGAAAGAUGAUGUAAAUUCUUCUCCAGAAAAAGAAGUGGUCGUUUCUACGAAGACGAGUAUUGGAGAGCAAGUGAAAAAUGGAAAUGGUUUAAGGAAAAAUAUCGCCACUUCGGAGACUGUGUUGAAUGAGAAGAGUGAAACGAUAGUUCCUCCGGUUUCUUUUAGCAUGGAUAAGCUUUGUUCUGAUACGGAGAACGACGAGAGAGACAACGUGGUCACUGAAGAGACCGAGAGCAGAGAUCAUGCUCGAAAAGCAGGUCUAAUUAAGAGGAGAAUGCUGGGGUCAAUCAGAGGGUUAAUGGCCUCCACUCAUCUUCUUCACUCAUCUUCUGCUCACGAGAUCGAAGAGGGAGGACAAGGUGGAUUUGAAGAUGUUCGAAGGUACGUAAAACAAGGCGGCGAUUUUUGCAAGGAAUUGGCAUCGAUUCUACAUGAAAGAGCGGAAUUGGAAGCGAAUUAUGCCAAAGGACUUAAUAAAUUGGGAAAUAAAUUGAUUAAAGCAUGUGCAAAGGAUCAAGGUGGUAACGGUAGCGGAGGCGUGAACGAGGCAUGGAGAUGUGUCGGCGAGGAGAUGGAGGCUACCGCUGAAGCUCAUAGGCUCUGGGGAAUUACGCUUAGCGAACAACUCGCCAAACCACUUAGAGUAGGAGUAGCAGAGGCUCAAGCGCGUUCGAGAAAAUCUAUAGAGAAUUCCGUGGAUAAAGCUGGAAAAUCUCUUCAUGAGUGGCGUAACAUUGCAAUUAAAAGUAAAAAACAAAGUUUCGCUUGUGCGCGAGAAAAUGAGAGGUUACAAGAUUUAGCGAGGCUGCAAACGAUCAGUCAGAGUCAACAGACCAAUAACAAAUCUUCAACUCAUAUGACGGAGAAGGAAGCUAAUAAACUCGAAGCGAGGAGGAGAAAGGCCGAGGAUUCAUCUCGCAGGGCGGACACGGAGUUUUAUACAGUGAGCGUGAGAGCUGAAAGAGCUAGGCUUGAAUAUGAAAGCACUAUGAGGAAAGGGGCUAAGCAAAUGGAACUUCUUGAGGAAGAACGAUUAAGCGCUCUAAAAGAUCUCGCGAAUGUUUAUCUAGCUCACCUGCAAGCUUUAGCUCCCCGUUUGCAACAGAUUGCAGACCGAUUGGCAGCUCCUAUACGUAAUUGCAAUGUAUCUCAAGAUAUUGAGAUUUUAAAGAAUCUUAUACGUAGGGUGGAGAGUAGUGAUGGGUGUAAUUCCGAACAACUAUUACCAGAUUUCUAUGCUGAACAUGUUACUCUAGCAAUGAAUAGAGAACGUCGAAAACAAGCGUUGGUAAGAGUUCUUCAUUUGAUCAGACAAGACUUGGAGCGUGAAAAACGCGGAAGAGAAGGUCUAGAAACUCUUCAUAGAGCUUUCAUUGCAACACCAGCAUUCGCGGCAGAUGAAAGUACACAAAAUGUAACGGAAAAGCUACAUCAUAUGCGUUCUAUGUUAGUAUAUCUAGAGGCAGCAAGGUACAAAGUUGGAGGAACAUUAGCAGAAGUUGAAGGUAGCAAACGAAUAAAACAUCCAUUGGCUGAACAUAUUUUAGUUUCAAGAGAUAAACAAGGUUUACAGCAAAGUGUCCUUAAGAUUCCUUCUUGGGCAAAGAACGAAUCGUUCGAGAUUCAGGAUGAUGAAGAUGAAAUAGAUGUCCAUCUCGUAAAGGAUCACGAUACUGAAAGUCGUCAUUGGGCUGAUCGAACUGCUGGGGAUGGUAACUCGGAAAAUCCACCGGAUGAGGAUGACUUUAGUGAUUUUGAUGAAUUCAGCAGUCAUUCUGAAGAUAAUAAUAAUCAAGAUAUCGAUGCUGCCGAAACGAGCGGCAAAUCCGAUGGAACGGAACAAUGUAGAGCUAUUUAUCAAUAUUCAGCAAAUUUAAACGACGAGCUUAGUCUAAGUCCUGGAGAUUUAAUUACAGUCCAUCAAAAGCAACCAGAUGGUUGGUGGAUAGGCGAAUGCAGGGGACGAACUGGAAUAUUUCCAGCCACUUAUGUUCAAGUUAUUCAUUAAUUGAUUCAUCCGAUAUUAAAGAUUAAAGAUAUAUAUUCUUCUAAUUAUAGAAAGAGAAAAAAGGAACAGAAACAGGUGAGUGUAAUAAUGUAUGAAAAAUAUUCACAAAAUGCAAUUAAAAUAUAAAAAAUAAAUAACAACGAAAGAUAUUAAUCAUACAUCAUUGAUGAACUACCAAAGUAUGCUACAAACUUAAUGUGGCCUUUUUAAAUAUUAAAUUUAAAACUGUACAAAGUAACAUUUUUUACUUCAGUAAGAAAUAUAACGCACUAAAAAAUUGCUAUACUAUUAUAUGUCGCGAGAAUAUUUUUUAAACGUAUACACGCGUUAAUAUCGUUUCCAAAAAGAACAUGUUAUUACAUGUUUUUUUAUGUUCAUUAAAGUGCCAAUAAUAUAUAAAGACUACGUGGAAUACACAAAAUCAAUUUUUGAAAAAGUUCAUAUUAUCGCCACAAUAUUAUAAAUCAUAAUAAAAAAAAAAAAUGUUUAUACAACGAAAUAUUUCUUUCUAUUUGUAUAACUUAUGUAGUAUAAUUUAUAAAUUGUAAUAUAAAGUCAUCAUAGAAUAUAAAAAGUAUACAAUAUAAGAUCCCGUGCGCACAAGCAACUUUUCGCCGUGCGAUUGUACAUCUAUCUUUGUUAUUUUCAAAAAACAAGAAAAGACAUAUAAUCGUUAAAAAAUCGCUUAUGUCUUUAUCUUGGGUCAAUUAUUAAUUAAUGAAAGAAAUGAUUAGACUUUAAAUAAUCGAAGACUGCUUGUUCAUGCAGUAUUCAUGUACACGUAUAAUUAAAUAGCGUGAUAUGUACAUAACUUAAUUUUCAAAACAAUUGUAAAUAGUACUUAGUUGCAUUUAAUAACUUAAAUAUUGUAUGUAAUUGAAAUUUGAAGUAAAGUUCUUUUAUUUAUCAAUCAAAAA